CCGAGGGCCCUCCUCUCCCAUCGGCCAUCCCCCACUCUCUCUCCUCCUCCUUUCUCUCCACUCGUCGCACGCAACUACGCAAAGCGCAAAUGGCUCUAAAAAGUCCAACUCCAAACCUAGACUAGACUCCUCACCACCGAGGCGACGACGCACGCAGCCCAGCGCGACGCCGCCGCCCCGUCCCUGUCCCCGUCCCCGUCCCGCGACGGCCUCUCCCACCCAGCGCCCGCCGGAUCCUCCCUCCACCGGCCACGGCGCCGCCCCUCGACGGGUCGAGCGGAGCGGAGAUCCAUCCAUCCGGCCGUCGGUCGGUCAGUCGGUCUCGUCGUCUGUUGUUGGAGCAAGCUGGAAUUGAUCUGGUUGCCCUAUUGGUGUCUUGAUUGUGGCAUUAGGGUGUUUGUUCCCUGCGAUACACCAUCAUUUGCCGUGAUUGAAAUGCUCAGUCUAUUCACCAUCACUCACAGAAUUUGCGCACUCUGUUUUUGAAGGAGCAAGCUGGAAUUGAUCUGGUUGCCCUAUUGGUGUCUUGUAGGUUGUAAUGAAAAGCUGGAUCUGCUAGAGCCAAGAGUUUUCGUUGCAAGUCUGCGUUUCCACGAUGGGUUCAGGCAACUUGAUCGUGAAGAAGGUGGUAAAGCACAGCUCCUUUGAUCUGGACAUACAGCUCGAUAAGAGUUGGAUGGAGGACGUUACCUGCCCGAUCUGCCUUGAUUACCCUCACAAUGCAGUGUUACUGAGAUGCACAUCUUAUGAGAAAGGCUGCAGGCCGUUUGUUUGUGAUACAGACCAGACACGCUCAAACUGUCUUGAGAGAUUUAAGUUUGCAUAUGAGCUGCCUUCCAAUGCGAAAGUUUCAUCCUUAGCUGUGCCUCCUCUUGAUAGCAUUAUUCAUAUCGUGCCAUCUAAUGCAAACAACCGCCCCAGCUGCCCCUUGUGUAGAGGUGAUGUUAUUGGGUGGAUUGUUAUCGGUGAGGCUCGGCUGCAUCUUAAUCAGAAGAAAAGGUGCUGCGAAGAGGAUUGCUGCUCGUUUGUUGGUAACUUCAAUGAGCUUCAGAAGCACACGCAACAAAAGCAUCCAGAUUCACGCCCUUCAGAGAUUGAUCCUGCUAGGCAAGUUGAUUGGGAGAAUUUCCAGCAGUCUUCUGAUAUUGUAGACGUCUUGAGCACAAUACAUGCACAAGUUCCUAAUGGGAUUGUUCUAGGAGACUAUGUGAUUGAGUAUGGGGAUGAUGACACUGGUGAGGACUAUGAAGUUUUCCGCAGCGUCAGGACGAACUGGUGGUCAUGUAUAUUCUGCAAGGCGUUUUCAAGAUCUUCAAGAAGUCGUAGAAGAGCAAGAGCAAGGGAAAGAAGAGGCAGUGGAAGGAGGAAUGGGAACCAGGCUAAUCUGGAAAAUUUUAAUCUUGAGGUUCCAACACAAUCUGUUGAAUUAAGGGAAAUUAGAUUUGAUGAAAUUGAUGAUGAAUACAUAGUCACAGGGGCCAUUCCUAGUAUCGCAGCACCGGGAAGAAUGGCUAGUUUCCAUUACAGGGAUACAAGAUAUGGACGUUGAUGCAUAGAAUCUGCAGUAAAAAAAAGGAAUAGCUGUUAUGCAAUGUAUCGAUCAUCAUAACCAUUGUACUUCCGUUCAUUUGAAUUUCUUUUCCACCUGUCCUCGGUAGGUGCUGCCGCAGUUUAAACUUAUCUGUGCAUAAAAAGUAGCAACAGAACCCCGCUGUUCGUUUGAAACAGGCCUCAUGAUCCUAGUUUUUAUUUUGUAUAUAUUUAGCACCCAUCUAUAUAGGAUGUUGGUGACAGUUCUUUUUGGAAUGCUUCUUUGAUGUAGCGCAGUUUUACAUAAAAACCUGAAACAAGCUUCAGUCCGCUCUAAUUCUCUAAAGGAUUUGUUUGGAAA